GGUGAUAAAGCAGUCAACGCAGGCGCGUUGAACUUUAGAAGUCUGCAACUGCAUGAGACGGCAAAGAACAGUGGUAUUUACAGUCCUUAAUGAGCAGAGCAUGGCAGGGGGAUCUCAUCAUCUGUGAGUGUAAGAGUGCAGUUCCUAGGCUUGUCAUAUAGGAUUACCCUAUCAUCAAGUUGCUGACUUUCAGGCUUUAGGGAGCCCUUGAUGGAAUCUAACUGAUGGGUUUGAAUGUCAAAGGUGUCAAAACCUGAGAACAAUAGGAGUGUAUGUUCAUUGGAAGUACAAGUUCAGCCGUGCAGACCUCAGCAAAACAGGCCGGCAGCCAUAAUGGAGGCGGCUUCCCCAGAUUGCGUGUUGGAGUGUGGAAUCUGUCUUAACAUCUACAGCUCCUGGAGGAGAGCCAAGCUGCUGGAGUGUAGCCACUCCUGCUGUUCCUUCUGCCUCAGACAAAUGACCAUGGCUCGCAGCCAGAUCCAGCUGGGAGCCAAUCAGAUCAACCAAAACGAGAUGAGAGGCAAUCAGAGUGAGACGACAACUGACCAGAUCCAGCUGGGAGCCAAUCAGAUCAACCAAAACGAGAUGAGAGGCAAUCAGAGUGAGACGACAACUGACCAGAACGAGAUGGGAGCCAAUCGUACUCUGUUGAUGACAGAGCAGAAUGAGAUGGGAACCAAUUUGAGAGAGAUCACGGAAUUGAGUAUUGUUCAGAGCAGCUUAGGGAGAAACGAGCAAACUGUCAAGACGACGAGCUGUGUGAUUCGCUGCCCCUGGUGCCGCCACCACACCCCACUUCCUGCCAGCCUCUCCAUCUCACAUCUCCCUGACGACCCAGACAAAAUGGCUGCUGUCGCCACGGUGGCAUCCCAGAGAGCAGCGUUUACGUCUGUUUUCAUAAACAUGCUACCAAGCACCACCUGCUACCUGUUCCCCCCACCUGGGGGGAGGAGCAGGGCCAGGGAGGGACAGGAAGUCCCCACGCCAGGAACGAUGUUACCUAAGGGACGGAUAGGGGGCAGUGUGUUCUGGGAGAGGGGGCUGAGGGUGGGAGAGACCUGGGGGGAGAGUGAGAGGGGUUUGCUUGAGGAAGAGGAGGCUAGUAUGAGCACAUCGAGGACCAAAGUGUGCGCAGUAGUAGUGGUGGGGGUUGCCCUGUUUGUCUUUGUGUGUUUCUUUCUGACGAUGGUGAAUUGCAACUCUACGCGCUUUCGUAUGAUAUCCUGCAACUGAAUGAGACUGGAGGAGCAUUCUUAUUCUUAUUUUUAUAUAUAUUUUAUUUUAUAUAUAAAUUGUUUUAUUCUUAGAUUGUUUAGUUCUUAGGAAUAGUUAAACUUCUGUACCUUUACUUAAUUUAAGAUUCGUAUAUGUUUAGUAUUUGCACCUCCUUGCCACAGUAAAUUCCGUGUUUGUAUAACAUACAUGGCGAAUAAACCGAAUUCUGCGCAGGGAUUGUGUAAAUGUUCAUCCAAUUGAAAUUGCUUCAUAUAUUAAAAUUAAAUCAACAUUACCUUAAGUUUAACCAUUUUUGUGUGUUCACCUUUCUACUCUCACCCUAAAUAAACUCAGUACACAUUCAGAGAAAUCUUCACUCUUCCCUUUUCCUCGGUUUCAUUUACUGCAAAGCAAUCAAAGCUCAUAAAAAGCAGCAUGAGUUAUUAACCACCAAGUGGUGCUAUUGAACUGUUGUAUGUAGUGGAAACAGCCAUGACCAUCAAUAUACAAAAAACUUAAUGUUUUACUAACCAUUACAUUGAAAUUACAUGAACUGCAAAGCACGCUUUGGAUUAACAUCAUUUAUUAAUUAUAUUAUUCAGUAAAUGUACAAUAGUGGAAACAGCCAUGACCAUCAAUAUACAAAAAACUUAAUGUUUUACUAACCAUUACAUUGAAAUUACAUGAACUGCAAA